CAAAACAGACGAGCGAGUUAACGCCGGAAUAAAACUCAAGUUUUUGGGAUUUUAACUUUAUUUUCCCGUUUUUGCUGAUUUGAAUCUUUUUUUUAGUUUUGGAUCUUUUUUAUUCUAGAGUGGAGGGGGAGAAUGGCGGCCACGUGACGUGGUAGCCGGCUCUCCCGUGGACCAGACGAUGCAUCAGCAUGACCCGGGGACCCCCCAGGACCGGGACCGGGACCGGGACCGGGACCCCCACCCGGGCCGGGAAGUGGCGUCGGCCGAGGACCUGGACGAACAGCUGGACUUCCAGGAAUUUGCCCGUUACCUUGGCGACGACGAGAAGAAGCUCCGGCUCGUCUUCAAAAGCCUCGACCGCAACAACGACGGCCGGAUCGACUCCGAGGAGGUCGUGCAGUCGCUCCGGGACCUCGGCGUUAGCAUCACCGCCGAGCAGGCGGACAAGAUCCUCAAGAGGGUCCGGAGGGGCCACAUCUGGGCCCCGGUGCUGUCCAGGGACAGCAGCGGCAGCGUUAGCAUCGACUGGAACGAGUGGCGGGAUUAUCAGCUGCUGCACUCGGCCGACAACAUCCCCGAGAUCAUCCUGUACUGGAGGCACUCCACGAUCCUGGACGUGGGCGAGAGUCUGCUGGUUCCCGACGAGUUCACGGUCGAGGAGAAGAAGACGGGAAUGUGGUGGCGACACCUGGUGGCCGGAGGCGGCGCCGGCGCCACGUCGCGCACGUGCACGGCGCCGCUGGACCGGCUCAAAGUCCUGAUGCAGGUUCACUCGUCCAGCAGCAACCGCGUCUCCAUCCUGGGCGGCUUCGCCCACAUGAUCAACGAGGGCGGCGUUAGCUCGCUGUGGCGCGGGAACGGAAUCAACGUCCUGAAGAUCGCGCCGGAGACGGCCAUCAAGUUCAUGGCCUACGAGCAGAUUAAGCGGAUCAUGGGCAGCCAGCAGGAAACGCUCGGCAUCGCUGAGCGCUUCGUGGCCGGGUCACUGGCGGGAGCCGUCGCCCAGACCAGCAUCUACCCCAUGGAGGUCCUGAAGACGCGUCUGGCUCUGCGGACGAGCGGCCAGAACUCGGGCAUCGCCGCCUGCGGCCGCCAGAUCCUGCGCCGCGAGGGCUGGGCCGCCUUCUACCGCGGCUACGUGCCCAACCUGGUGGGCAUCCUGCCGUACGCCGGCAUCGACCUGGCGGUGUACGAGACGCUGAAGAACUGGUGGCUGCAGCGCCGCAGCGCGGCCGACGGGCCCAACCCCGGCGUGUUCGUGCUGCUCGCCUGCGGAACCACGUCCAGCACCUGCGGACAGCUAGCUAGCUACCCGCUAGCGCUGGUCCGCACCCGCAUGCAGGCGCAGGCCCCGGUGGACGGCGUCCCCCAGAGCUCCAUGACGGGCCUCUUCCAGCACAUUCUGCGGUCCGAGGGCCCGCGAGGCCUUUACCGCGGCCUCACGCCAAACUUCCUGAAGGUGGCGCCGUCGGUUAGCAUCAGCUACGUGGUGUACGAGCACCUGAAGCUAACGCUGGGGGUCACGUGACCCGGACCUGGACCUGGACCUGGACUAGACCUGGACCUGAACCAGACCUGGACCUGGACCUGGUCCAGGACCAGAGAGACCAGAACCAGACCUGGACCUGGACCUGGACCAGACCCAGACUCCCCUCUUGCUGCUUCCCCUCCGGUUCACUUCUGUGGAGGAAAACUAUACAAUAAAGUUCUAAUUUGAUGGUGUGGUUUUAAAAUGGUUUUAUUUUAUUAUUUUUUUAAAU